ACCGGCAGCCUCCGCCCUCCCGGUCCUGCCAUGAGCCGCCGUGCCCCCCCCCAGCGCUGCUCCCUCGCGCCGCCGCCGCCCCUCACCGCGGCUCCGGGGCGGCUGGCGGCGGCGGCGGCGGCCCGGGGAGCGGAGCGGGAGGAGCUGGCGGCGUUGAACGAUCGUUUCGCCGCUUUCCUGGAGCGGGUGCGGGCGCUGGAGCGGCAGAACGGGGCCCUACGAGCCGCCUUGGGCCGCGCCGCCGCCGCCACCGCGCCCCGCGCCACCGGGCUGGUGCAGGGGGAGCUGCGGGGGCUGCGGGAACGGCUGCAGAGCCUUGGCCGGGACCGUGACCGGCUCCAGGCCGAGCGAGACGGGCUGGCCGCCGACCUGGCGGCCCUGCGGCAGCGACUGGAGGAUGAGACGCAGAAGCGGGAAGAUGCAGAGAAGAACCUGGUGCUGUUCCGCAAGGAUGUGGACAAUGCCACGCUGUCCCGCCUGGAGCUGGAGCGCAAGGUCGAGCUGCUGAUGGACGAGAUCGGCUUCCUCAAGAAGCUGCACGAGGAGGAGCUGCGGGACCUGGAGGUGAGCGCCCCGAGCCCGGCCGUGCCGGUGGAGGUGGAGGUCUGCAAACCGGAGCUGACAGCCGCGCUACGGGAGAUCCGCACCCAGUACGAGAGCAUCGCCGUGAAGAACCUGCAGGAAGCUGAGGAGUGGUACAAGUCGAAGUUUGCUGACCUCUCGGAUGCGGCCAACCGCAACCACGAGGCGCUGCGGCUGGCCAAGCAGGAGAUGAAUGAGUCGCGGCGGCAGAUCCAGAGCCUCACCUGCGAGGUGGACGGGCUGAAGGGCAUGAAUGAGGCGCUGCAGCGGCAGAUGCGGGAGAUGGAGGAUGAGUUCGGGGAGGAGAUCGGGAGCUACCAGGACGUGGUGGGGCGGCUGGAGCAGGAGAUCCAGCAGAUGAAGGAGGAGAUGGCGCGACACCUCCGCGAGUACCAGGACCUGCUCAACGUCAAGAUGGCCCUGGACAUCGAGAUCGCCACGUACCGCAAGCUGCUGGAGGGCGAGGAGAGCCGGAUCACCGUCCCCCCGCACCCCGCCAGCUCCUUCAGCGUGAGAAGUUCAGCAAGUGGUGACGGAGUCGCACAAGGAGCGAGCGGAGCCAGGGAAGUGACGGCCAUGGCCAGGGGGGUGGGGGGCUCUGCCGGACCCCUCUGUGCCCUGGGGAGCGGAGCGGGGAGCUGCCCCCCCCAUCCCCACUACCAGCGCCGUGGGGCAAUGCUGUAGUGCAGCCCCGUGCCUUCUGUGUGUGUAUGUGUGUGUCCCCCUCCAUUUAUUGCUAUUUAUUGCCUUAUUUAUUUCUCUCCCCGCUGGACCGUCAGAUGUAUUUAACGUUUAACCCGGGGGGGGGGGGGGGGGGGGGGCGUAUCUCUGCUCACCUCUUGCUGAUGGAGGUCCCGCACCCCCCCCUCCAGCGGUUUGGGGGGGUCCUAGGCGCUCCCCCCCCGGCCGUGGGUGCUGCAGGAGGGAGGGAGUGCAGGCCCUAAUUUGGGAGGGGUGGGGGGGUAUCCGGGGGCUGCUCCCCCCCCCGCUGUCCCCAUCCUGCUUGAGCGGCAAAUAAAGGCUGUGGCGAGGA